AUGCUAAAGCAAAUGGAAGAAUCUCUCGAAAGACAAGAAGAGGGAAAUGACCCCCCAAUGGUAGGGAGCAGCAGCCAGGACGUCCACAUGAUAAAGGGGAACGUGGAGGAGGGAUGUAACUCCAAGGAAGGAUGUGAAAUUCUUCCAAUUGAUGGCAGCGAUGGCCAUUUGGGAAAACGGAAGAGAGGAGUGGAAGGGGGAGAAUAUAUGGAGGAUAUACAAGGGAAAUACAAAGAGGGAUCCAAAGUUAACAGUACAGAGUAUCUACCUCAUGGUAAUGAGGAGGAAAAGGGAGACGCUAAAAGGAUCAUGCGAAUAAGGGGAAGGAGGUGUGCAGGAAAAAAUCCUCCCCCUAUGAACAGAAGAAAUACUAGGAAGUCUGUCCAAUUGGAGGAAGACAACAUCGACGGAGAGAACAUUCCCUUGGAGGAUGGAGACGAGGAGACUGAAAUAUUAAUGAGCAAGGAUCAGGAAGGAAACAUAGUGAUGGAGGAGUAUGAAGACAAUUUGUCCGAUGCAUCGUCAGCACAAAGUAAUUAUGGAAAGUAUAAGGAUGUGGAUCCAGAUGACCUAAUUUAUUUAUAUGAAAAUGAAAAUAUGGGAAAUUUUAAAAGUACAAAAGAAUUAGCAACGGAAGAAGGGGUAGCCGAAGCAACGACAGAGGAACCAGAGGAAGAAGUUCCUGUUGCCAGAUAUUUAGAUAAAGACUAUAAGGGACAAAUAAUCAUCGAUGGGAAAAACGAAGUGGAUGAGCUCUUGCUCGCAACCAGAAUGGCCUAUUUCGACAUGGCUAACCAAAAUAGAGAUAGUGCCCCUGAGCUGAUAAAACAAAACACUUCUGUGGAUUUUCUAAAGGCAAAUAAGGAUGAGGAAAACGAAUCAAGUGUCGACUGUUCCGAAGAUGAGGCCUCCGACAGGGAUGAAUCUGUCGAGCAAUUUCGCCAUUCUGAUGAGGACGGUAGUGUCCAUGACGAUGAACAACCCGUUUGCGAUCCAAUUGUGCACUUUUCGGGUAACCCUGGAGAAAGCGAUAAGAAGGAGGGGCAAAACGCGGAUGCGCACGGUGAGGAGGGAAAGGGCAUCCGGGAGGUGAUCAAUGACGACUCAGAAGAUGGAAUGAUCAAGAGUACAACGAAUGGGGAGACCAACGGGGUGACGAACGGAGCAGACAACGGGGACACCCUUAGCCAAGACCAAGCAGAAUCUACGAUGAUGGACAAAUCAGCAAAGUGUGUCUUCCCGGAAGAAAAAAAUCCAUUCAACAAACAAAGUAGAAUAAGAUUAAUGGGAGCGCCCGAAAGUGUGAAAGAGGAUAUACCAAUAGAGAAAAUAGGGAAAUUAAUAAAAUUACAAGAUGAUGUAUUGACUGUGCAUGCAUUUAAGUGUGAAUACUAUUUAAGUGUUGCAUCUGUUUUAUGCCUUGAUAAUAGAAGGAUAAUAGGGUGCAUCAUUAAUGUGAGCUCGAACGAAACUGAAAUUUUCUACUACGCCAGAGUGCUAUUCCCAAAUGUGAAAAACGAAUUAACGCCAAACAUAGAUAUAUAUGUGGACAAAAAACAUGCAGUGUACAUGAAUGUCGGGGUGAAUAUCUGCUCCGAAUUGUUCAAAGUAUUUAGAAAUCCAGCCAUACCUUUCGUUUUUAUUAACUACAAAGAUUUGUACAACAUUGCCGACGCGCAGCUAGCCCAGAGUACCAACGGGAAUCAACAAGAGGGGGGGGCGGAUACUGAUGAGAAUGAAAUAAACUCUGGCAAACAGAAUGAGCAUACCAUGUCGGAUUGGCUACGUAAAAUUGCAUUGUCAACGACAACAUCGGCAGGAAAAAAUGCAAACAAAAGUUGGCGCAGAAAUGUAUCAUCCCAAAAUGUUACCCUCUAUGAUAGCACUAAUAGAAAUAAAAACUAUCAAUCGUAUGGGAAAAACUACAGUUCCCCCAGAGCCAGAGCUGGGCGCAACUAUGCCUAUGUAUCUUCCCGCCGCCCUUCAAAUUAUAGGUUUAAAAACAUGAGUUACGUAACUUCUGUCCGAGAUAACAAAAUGACCAGCCUGCAUGGUAGUGCCUCGGCUAGUCUGUCUACGCGCGGGGGGGAAAAUGGUGCCUAUGUUGGAGCGCCCAUCAUGAGUGGAAAUGUGUCUUACGGUCAUGAUAUCCAUAUGAGCAGCUCCUACAAUUAUAAGGAUGCCCAGAAUUACGGAAGUGGCACUCCGCACGAUGCCUCCAUUUCGGAGAUGCAAAGUGGCCACGCUACAUACUCCACCGAGGCUCGCGAGCCGAAUGCACACUCUCACCAGACAUACCGCCUUCCGUCUCUGCCUCCCCAAUAUAACCAACAAUUUUCAAGUCACGAUUACUCCAAGACGACCGUGUUGAGCUCACAUGACGAAAGGAGAAGUGCAUACCCCGGUGAAUCCACAAAUUACACCCAUCGUGGGUCCUUCUACAGCAUGCACAAGACAAAUCAUGCGACAUAUCGUACGAAUAGAUAUUUAUACAACAAGAUGAAAAGGGGCCCUCCGUUCAGGAACAUUACCAUUGUGAAUUCAAAUGACCGGGGCUCCUUCAAAACAGAAGAAAAGUGA